CGAAUCGAUAAGAACUGAGUGCAAUGAAGCUGAAGCUUGUGUAUUUGUUGUUACUCAGUCAAUUGACUUUCAUUUUGGCAGCGUUCAUGGAUAUCGUUGAAAAAUCAAUGUGGAUUGAACAAAAAGUGGAUCAUUUCAACAAGAGUGACAAACGAACGUGGCAAAUGCAAUAUUUGGCGAGUGAUACAUUCUUUAAGCCUGGUGGACCGAUAAUUAUCAAUAUAAAUGCAGAAUGGGAAAUGGUGCCAAAAAAUCAUUUUUUUUUGGAAUGUAUUUUGAGCUUGUUGAAAUUUUCAAUGCGUAUGCAUUUGAAACCGAGCAUCGAUACUACGGUAGAAGUUGGCCAGUCCAAAAUAUGACAGUUGAAAACCUACAAUAUCUGACUACGAGGCAAGUACUAGCCGAUCUGGCACAUUUUAUAAGACAACAGAAGGCCACAAUUCCAGAGAUAGCUAAUUCUAAAGUCAUAAUGAUAGGAUGUUCGUAUGCUGCCAACUUGGUCACAUACUUUCGCAAGGACUAUCCAGAGCUAAUCGAUGGUGGCUGGGCAGCGGGGGCGGGACUUGCCUAUCGGCUCGAUUAUUCGGAUGGCUAUGUGAGUGCUGGCAAAUCAUUGCGAAAAUUCGGAGGAGAUGCUUGCUAUGAUCGUGUCGAGCACUUUUCCAAAACAUUUUUGAAUCACAAAAGGCAGAAAAGCGAUACCUAUAAAAUGUUGAAGUUACUAAAUUUGGCUGAAUAUUUUGAAGAUAUGCGUAGCAUUAUUUUAGUACAUGCACAACAUCGCAAUGCGACUGGAAUGCAAAAGUUGUGCAAAAAUAUUACAUCAGUUGACCCGAAGAACAUUAAUGAAUUCGGCCGAUUACUAAAGUUAUUCCAAUCACAAACAGUUAUUGACCAUACGGAUAAAGUUAAAAUGAUAAACUUCAAUCCCAAAUAUGCAGCUCGUCAAAAUUUUUAUCAGACUUGCAGUGAGUUUGGUGACAUUUUCUCCACAAGUUCACGACAUCAACCUUUUGGAGAUACUCAUCCGUUUGGCAAAGCAGUAGCGAAGUGUAAAGAGGUCUUUGGGCCAAAAUUCACCAUCGAUUACAUCAGUGGCAAGGUUGAUGAUAUCACUGCAAAAUAUGGAGCUCAACAUCCGAAUGUUGAUCAUAUUUAUUUCACAAAAGCCGAAGAUGAUCCUUGGCGUUGGGCGGGCAUCACCGAUGAAUGUGCAACAAUCAUACCAGGAAUUGGACACUGCAAAGAACUAAGAGCACGUGCCCCAACCGAUUGGCCAACAACUUCAGCGGCUCAGCAAAAAGCCAUCGAUUUGAUAAGGGACUGGAUAAAUGGCAAUGGCACAACGCGCGAAACUCUAAUCAAAUGUUAAACGUGAAUGUUAAAAAUAAAUUAUCAAAAUUGUCUAUCGAUUGCUAAGCGAUAGCCUC